CGCGUCGCGGUUCGGUUUCGACAGUCGCGCGUCGUCGCAUCCGAGACCCCCACCCGCCGCCUUCUCUCCUCCCCGUAUCUCCUGCGAUGUUGGCCGUAGCCACGACGAGUUCACUUCACAUCGCCGAGCCUCAGGGCCUACGACGCGCGACCUCUAUCGCCCCGACAUGCACGCUCGACUCACCACCGACAUGCCACACCUGGUCGCCCGACAACUCCUCCCUCAUCCUCGCGCAAGCCCACUCUAUCUCCCGCUACGACUCCUCCGGCACCCUUACGAAGACACUCUAUGACGAUGCUACCGGUGCGAUCACAGCGCUCGUAGCGAAGGACCGCGGGAACACCGUCAUCUUCAACGCGGGCCAGCAGGUGCACGUCCUCGACGCGCACGCGGGGAAGAUAUCCCGCACGUUUGAUACCCACAAGGCCCCCGUGGCGGCCCUCUCCCUCUCGAACGACUCUACCCUCCUCGCGUCUACCUCCGCGAAUGCGGUGCAUGUCCACAAUUUGACGCAUGGUUCGCAUACCGUCUUGCGGGGGCUACCCUCGGGGGAGACCGUAACGGCGUGUGCGUUCCACCCGCAUGCGCGGACGAGGCUUCUGGUGGGCGCGGGCGCUCAGGUGCUGGUGUACGAUACGACAAGGCCAAGUGGCCCGCUCAAGACGAUCGCAAUUAGCACGCAGAAGGAUAGCAGUGAGGAGAUCGUGUCAAUUGCGAGUAGCCCGUUCAGCAAGACACUCGUUGCGGUGGCUUGCAGCGGUGGCGCGAUCGCCCUUGUGGACCUCGAGAAAGAGAAAGAGAGAAGCAUGUACAAAACUUGGAGUGUGCAUGUUCCCAUUACAUGUCUCGCGUUCUCAGCGGAAGGCGCAGUGCUGUACGUCGGCACUGAGAACGGCAGGGUGCUCUGGCAAGACCUGCGCGCACUUGACAAGCCUCCUAAAUCCAUCACUGUCAGCGACAACGGUGACCGUGUGGUUGCACUGUCUAUGCAGAAGAAGCUUAAGCCUGAAGACAUUGCUGCUCCAACAAAGGAGUCUGCCGCAACUAAGAAACCCGCUUCGACUAAGCCUCUCGUGCAACAAGACCAGAACAAGACGUCUGCGCCCCGCACAACCACCACGAAACCUGAGAAACCCGACAAGAAGACCGUCACGUCGCCAGUGGCGUCCCGUACUAUUGCAGGGCGCGCAAGCCCUGCAGUGAAGCCGAGGGUCGCCUCGAAUGGAUCGCCUCGUCCCGUACGCUCACGAGCAGGUGUUGCUGUGGCCGGGGUGAAGUCGCCUGCAGCGAGGAAGGCUAGCGCUGGUGGUGUGACGAAGAAGAUCUUUUCCCCUCCGAGGUCUCCGCCUGCAAGGAGAGGACAGCCUGGCGAAGAGCGUCAAGAUCUGAACGUAUCUGUCCGGAUCGAGAGCUUGUUGAACCUCCCGGUAUCCGCACGCGCGAAGGAAAACGUCAAUCCUGCAGGCGGUUCGCUAGGGCCAGUCGGAUCGGAUGUCCCUCCUUCUAUCUCGUCUGCACCCAUGCGUACUACUGCUGCUGCGACCACCGCAGACAGCCGGACGCGCACGGAAAAUAUCCGCCGUGCUUCCGGUUCCUCUACGACAUCCACAAGGACGCGCUCCGUAUCCGGGAGCACCACGUCCAGCGGGCGGGCGAGCAAGGCGUCCACGCGCCCUACGUCUGCCGCUAGCUCGCACACAUCGCCCUCCGCGCGCCCCGUACCGAAAGCCCCGUCCGCAUACAGGAAGGGUGCAUCCCGCCAGUCGCUAACCCCCAGUCCGGACCUGCCAGACGUUGAUGAGGAUGUGCCUGCAACGCCGCUGCCCAUGGGCAAGCGUGCUGGUAAGGGCAAGGCGGGCGGGAUGGGCGUGCUGGGGCUGGGCACCCCUGAGGUGGAUCGCUGGAUCAAGGCGGGUGAAGUCGGUGUCGCUGACAGGGCGAAUGGCAAAAAAGUAGGCUUCGCGAGCGAGAGCGACGGCGACGAGGACGAAGUGGAGAUUGCCCGGCGGGUACCUCUGCCUGGCGACGCUAUCACGGAGCCGGCGUUCACGAUGCAGGUCUCCCCCGCACGACGACCGGGACUGGCCUCAGGCUCGAGCGCUACAUGGGCACCCGUCCCCUCUCCCCUACGCAACUCGACGUCGCAUGCUCAUUUGGGCUCGCCGAACACGCGCGCCGCGGCAGGGCUGCUGCAGACGCUGCUCCGCGACGCGAUGUACGACUUCCGGCAGGAGACGCAUGGGGAGCUCGUCGGGCUGCACCUGGACAUGCUCCGGAUGGGCCGCGGGCUGAGGGGCGAGAUGCGCGCGGUCGUGGACGAGUUCCGGGGGGAGAUCUCGACGCUGAGGGAGGAGAAUAGGGUGUUGAGGGAGGAGAAUGAGAGGCUGAAGAGGGGGUUCUAGGACUUGGAGAGAUGGACUCCAAAUGGACUCGCUUGGUUUCUUAUGUUAUGCUUACUAUCCUCUAUGUUACGCUCUGAGUAUGAUAUGUCACGAAGUUUACGGUGUGGUGCACGAGCCAUAACAGAGGCAUAUGUGGUAAUCAGUGUCUUGGGCAUCUUGCCUCCGCAUCGUAGCAGAUUGCAGCCGUCCAAACGUUCAGAAGCGAACAACGAGGGCCGUUAUGAUAGAUGAGUCUGAAUAUGCAUAUGUAUGGC